UGACACUAGUUCAUCUUGAAUAAUGUUUUUACAUGAACAAUUAAAAAAAGUUUAAACACUUCAAUUAAUCAACAUUGAAUGAAUCAACAUAUCAUUUCAAAAUGUACAAAUGAUCUAACUUGUUUGUAAAUGUUAGACAUCUUAGUAUGUAGGCUAUUGUUACUAAAGCAGAAUUUUGGACAAAAAAGAUCAUACCAAAGGUAUGCUCCACUCCCUGAUCUAAAGGGUGAGCAGACUUCUAUUCCAGCCCAGCAAUAAUACACGUUAUUAUCAACUCAUUAGGUUUGAUACAUUGAAUUCUCCCAGCAUACCUCCGGGAGAAGGAUUGGCCUGUUACAGUUGUAAUAAGUUUGUAGCCUACAUUGUGUGUGACUUUUAACUGUAUUUUAACCAGCAGUCUCUUGGGACAUUCACUGGGACCUCUUCAUCUGCAGACAGGCUUUCGCAGCUCUCCAUGUCUCAGGAAAGACAACAUCACAAAGCAACAGGUUUAAUUUUAUUUCAAUUACACAGCCCUGAUUAUUAUCUGCCCGUCUUCAUAGUUCUCAUCUCUAAGGACUAGAACUGGAUACUCUUUUCAUGAUGUCAUCCCACAACCCGCCCUAUUUAACUAUGACAGCUGGAGCAGAAAAUUAUUUCACCCUCUUCCAUUGCUGAUAUCUACAAAUGUAUUUAGAGCCUGAGUUAAUUUAAAAUUAUAAAUAUGCCUAAAUCAAGAUACCAUGUUAAUAUGAAGAAAGCUAACUGAUGAUAUUUCACAUAGCCAAGUAUGUAAAGUUGGCUAGCUAGCUAUUUAGCUAGCAGCUCACUAGCCUGCACACUAAUUAGCCUACAUAGCUAGCUGGCUAAUAAUACAUCGUUUAACAUUUUCGAAAAUGUACCGACUUACUUACUUGAAUAGGUUCAUGCCCACGCCAACGAAGCUGCCAAUCUUUUGUAGCGAAGCGUUGUCGAGCGGAGCCACCUCUUCUGGUUGAGAAGUUUCACACGCUUUGAAAACAUGCCAUACUUUUCGCGGUGAAUUUGAACGUUCUAAAAUUCCAAUGACAUUCAAAAUACUGUUGUCACAACAUUAGAUAAUUGCUUGUUGAUGUUUCAAAGCAAAUGCACAAACUUAGUGUCGCAGAGCAUAUAAAAAAUAGGUAAUAAGAUAUUUGACAAUAAUCGACGUUAUUGAUUUUGCACUCUACAGCAAAGGCAUAGGAGCAAUGGAAGAGCCCACCUGCCAUGUCCAAGCAGGUGUUAUGCUGGAGGAUCUUAGGAAAUUAGUCACUUGGGCUCACUCUCAUGGCUCCCACUGUCCCCACAAGCUUUGGCACAAGGGAAAACUUAACCCAGGGGUUGGGCAUCAGUGCAAAGUUAAUUGGAGAUGUGAGGUUGGACAUGCCUUCGACUGGGCCUUGACACUUGCCACAGAGGUGAAAGUUGAGGAGGAAAAGACAGAGGAGGAGGUGGAUGUAGGUCAUAGGAGCAAGAGGAGGAGAAUACAAUGCCUGUCCUCGGAAGAGGAAGGGGAGAUGGUAUAUACCCCAUUCAUUGGGAAUAUUACUGAUGAAAAUGGGGUUGAAUCUGAUAUGAGCCUCUGUAGCCUUGUGACCCAUGUGUCAAGAGAGGGAGGAGAUGCCCCAGUGAGAAUGCUGGAAGAGGCCUUGACUUUAAAGUCCAAGCAGCAGAGAACUGUGAAACAACCAUUCUUUCCUAGGAUGAUUGUUAAGGAGCAACCCAAAGGAAAUAUCAACAUGGAAGUUAGGUUGGAGCUAGAGCAAAAUAACAAUGAGACAAACCAAGAGGGAAGGGGCAUUGAGAAGAGGACAGUUCUAAAGGAGGAAAGCCCAGGCCCAAAUGAAAACCUCAUUACAGCUCUUGACAUCACCCCUCUCCAAAGCUGCCUUUCAGACAUUGAGCGGGCCCCAGAAGAUGAGGUGUGGGCGACUCCUAAGGGUGGACAGUGUUCCCUCUCCCCUCCUAAACCUAAGCCCCUAUUCCAGGGCCAGGGUGAAACCCACAGGCAGGGCUCCUGUUGUGCUGCCGUCUUCCCACCUACACCUGAGAGAUCAGGUGCGGCCUCAGGGCACUGUCCCCCUAAUAAAGGCAAGGUGAAGGCAGCACCCAAGAAACCAGCAGAGAAAAGAGGGCCAAAGAGAGCAGAGGCCAGCCUGGGCAAUCUCAUGACCUUUGUCAUGUGGCUAAACUCUCAAAACCAUUCGGGGGCCCGCUGUCCAGGCAGCCUGCCUAUCGCCGAGCUGGACAGGUUAUUGGUUGCCUUCUUCCAGUAUGUGUGGGAGGAGUCCCGCCUGCAGGCCCUGAGCAGCAGCACUCUUACGACAUACGCUCGUAUGCUGGACCGUGAUCUGCAGAACCAGGGCUGCAGCUUCAGUAUCCGGAAGUCAGCCGAGUUCACAAACACCAUUAGGGAACUGGAUAGCUGCUGCCAGCACUUGAAACAGAGAGAGUGGGACAGAGAUAUCCUGGUGAUCCAGAGCUUGAGGAGAGAAGAGGAGGCUGCACUGAGGCAGGCAGGGGUCCUGUCUAGGGCCACACCGGAUGGGCUGCUCAACCUGGUCCUGCUCAACAACCUCAAGGCCUUUGGGAAGUUCCACCUCCAGGGAGUCUGGCCCGGGCGAGUCUCCGACUUUCACACGGCCACGGAGACCCACCCAGGGACGGGCGACAGGGAAAAACUGGAAUACCUGGAGUGGAACAAUACUAAUUUCCCAGAACAGAGCCCUGUACGGAUGCACGGCCUGGCCGACGACCCAGAACGCUGCCCCCUGUGGGACUACAAGCUCUAUGUAUCCAAGCGUGUUGGAAGCCACCUGAUCGCCUCUGAUGCAAUGUACUGUUGCCCACUGAGCCAGUAUAGGCCCUGGGAUAAUUACUGGUUCAGCCGCCAUGCCAUGCCCAAACCUCGCCUGGAAAAGAUGAUUAAGUCUCUGAGCCACCAUAUACUCUCCGUUCGUAAUGGGAGGGCAGCAGCCGCAUAUUAGUCAGCAGGUACUAAUAGAAGAACAUUGAUUGUAUUUUAAAUGUAUACUGUAUGUGCAUACAUACAUUCAAAGUGUGAUAUCCUAGCAUGACGUGUGUUUAAUUAUACCAUUGAAUGUUGUAUGCUAUGUUAUGGUUGAAAUACUCAUAAAUGGUAUUACAAAAAAAAUCUUAUAUUCAUGACAAUGAUUCCUCAUAUUUCUAAGUUACACCAGUCUCCAGCCACUCUCAUAACUGAAUGAAGGUUAUUUGCAUUAACUCGUGUCAUAAAUACUGUUCUCCUAAAUUACAUACUGUAG